UCCACACAGACCGAGCGUCCGACGUUAGCUGACCAUAUGGACGGAGACGGCGGUAGUGUGACCGGGGACGACGGGAGGACGGAGAGCCCGAAUGAGGCUGCGCUUCUAGCGCUGAUGGAGACCACGGGAUACAGCAUGGUACAGGAGAACGGACAGAGGAAGUUCGGUGGCCCGCCUCCAGGUUGGGAUGGCCCUCCUCCCCCACGAGGGUGUGAGGUGUUUGUAGGUAAGAUCCCCAGGGACAUGUAUGAGGAUGAGUUGGUGCCCGUGUUUGAGAGAGCUGGGAGAAUCUACGAGUUCAGACUGAUGAUGGAGUUUAGUGGAGAGAACCGGGGCUACGCUUUCGUCAUGUACACUACCAGAGAGGCAGCUCAGAGAUCCAUCCAUCUCCUAGACAACCAUGAGAUCAGACCAGGGAAGUUUAUAGGAGUGUGUGUCAGUCUGGACAACUGUAGAUUGUUCAUAGGGUCUAUACCCAAAGACAAGACGAAGGAGGAAAUACUAGUGGAGAUGAGGAAGGUGACAGAAGGAGUGGUAGACGUCAUAGUUUAUCCCAGCGCUACAGACAAGACUAAGAACAGAGGGUUUGCCUUCGUUGAGUACGACUCUCACAAAGCAGCUGCCAUGGCACGGAGGAAACUAAUACCAGGUACGUUUCAGCUGUGGGGCCACACUAUCCAGGUGGACUGGGCCGAACCAGAGAAGGAUGUUGACGAGGAGACUAUGCUACGUGUCAGAGUGCUCUACGUCAGAAACCUGAUGAUGACAACUACUGAAGAGACACUGAGACAGGAGUUCUCUAGAUUCAAACCUGGCACUGUGGAGAGAGUCAAGAAAUUGACAGACUAUGCGUUUGUCCACUACCACUCCCGUGAGGACGCAGUGACGGCUUUACACCUGAUGAACGGAGCGCUGAUCGACGGAGCCACCAUCGAGGUCACCCUCGCCAAGCCUGUCAGUAAAGAGGGCGGUCGGCGGUUCGGUAACCGUGGUUAUGUCGGUAACAGUAACCUUGUGGGUCCCUACGGCGAUGUGUCCUCCACCGGGAGUUUUCUCUUCCAGGGACAUGAGGAUGGAAGCAUGAUGGGAGGAGGAGGAGGAGGGAUGGAGGUAGGGACUCCUCUACGACCACUCAGCCUGCCACCUCGCCUGGGGAGUCUCUACGUUGGAACAGGAACAGGGGAUGUGGAGAGGUGUGUGUAUCCCAUCUUCGCUGGCUCCAGUCUCUCCCCCGCCAGCCUGCUGUCACUCAAACCAGGUCAGUUUAGUUCAGCGGUGUCUCUGCUAGAGUACUACUGCUAUAAGAACAGCUGGGCUCUACCUGAGUACUACCUCUACUACUAAUAAUACUAUAAUAAUACUAUAUAUGUUGUUACUAGGUCAGUUUAGUUCAGCGGUGUCUCUGCUAGAGUACUACUGCUAUAAGAACAGCCGGGCUCUACCUGAGUACUACCUCUACUACUAAUAAUACUAUAUAAUAUACUGUAAUAAUACUAUA